AUGGCAAUAUCCGAGGACCCAUCGAAUCGAUCCAAGGAAUCGCGCAGUUCUCAUCAGAUGUUUAAUUCCGGAGGAGGAGGAAGCAGUGCUCGGAUGCGCUAUAGCACUAGCACCAGCGCUUCCACAUCGUCGCCCACCAAUGCCGCCAAGAUGCGCGCGGCGGCGUCGCUCCAGUCACCGCCCAAGACCAAGCCCGGUAUGGUAGAUUCCUACCAUGGGGACUGGAGCCGCUCCAGCAACUCCACCUCCACCAUUGCCACCAGCAGCUCCAAGAGGAAGAGCCUCAAGCAGCACGACCACUUCGCCAGCCCGCCCCGGAGAGUCUCCCUCGCGGUGGAGCAAAAGGAGAAGAUCCUGAGCUUGACGGAGCUCAACAGCGCGCUGUCCAAGGAGGUGUCGGGGCUCCAGCAGGACAAGCGCAACCUCGCGGAGAGAGUCAACACCCUCGAGGACGAUUUGCGCACCAUCGGGGACAAGAUCUUGAGCCUGGAGCAGGAGAAGCGCGAGCUGGAGGGGCGAGUGGACGAGUCCCGCGCGGAUCUGGCCGGACGGGAGAGCAAGAUCCAGGCGCUGACGCACGAGAAGCGCAAGGUGGAGUCGGAGAAGCUGACGCUGCUCGACGCCAAGGGCUCGCUCGAGUCGCAGCUGGUGGAGAGCGACAAGAAGGUGAAGGAGAGCUCCAAGCGCGCCGAGGACGCCGAGGCGGUGGUCGCGGUGGCGGUGGAGGAGAUCGACAGCCUGGGCCACCGCCUCCAGCACCAGUCCUUCAUCUCGGAGAUCGCCAAGAAGAUCGAGCUCAACGGGCUGCAGUCGUGCAAGGGCGCGCUGCGCAAGGAGCUCAAGCGCUUCUCCGGCAUGGUGAUGAAGGCCAAGGAGGAGGUGGGCGAGGCGCGGGAGCUCAUCCAGGCGCUCAAGGCGGAGGAGGGGCGGUCUCGGGAGGAGAGGUCUAAGCUGGAGCGCGCGCUCGAGGCGGCGAUCGAGCGCUCGGGGCAGCUGGAGAAGCAGGAGAAAUCGCUGCUGGGGCACGUCCAGCUGCUGGAGGAGAGGGUGGUGGAGCUCGAGACGGAGCUGAGGGCCGUUAAGGCGGAGAGGGAGAGGGCAGUGGCAGAGGCCUCGGCGGCGGAGGAGAUGUGCUCGUCCGAGCACGGCCUGGACGCCAUCCGGCACAGCAUCGCGCUCCUGCGCGAGAACUCGCAGCGCGGGAUGGAGAAGGUGGCGCUUCUGCAGCGGCAGAUCGCCGAGGACCAGCUGCAGGGCGGGCACGCCAUCGAUCUGGACGCGGCAAGGGCGGGGCUGGAGCAGCAGAUGAAGGAGAUCAUGGCGGGAUCCAUGGAGGCCAUGGUCAAGGCGGAGGAGCAGCUCCUCCAGCUGCGGCACGAGGUGGACGGGUUGAGCGCGGCGCUGGCGGUGGCCAGGGACGCGAGCGCCGAGAGCGAGAGGGACGUGUGGGCGGCGGUGCGGCGACUGGGCCGGGAGGACUCGUGGAUACCUCACAUCCCUGCCAGCGCCACCUACAUUCUAGCGCUGGGCCUCUUCGCCUACGCCAUCUACAGCUCUUCGUCUAGCGAGAAGCUUGUGGACAAAGCUGAAGCGGACGAUUCCAAAAAGCUCAUUGGCAUUCUCCAGUCGAAGGGCAUCACUUCCAUUGGACUUGGGAGCCUGAAGCCUGAGGCCUAUACAGGAAAUGCAAGUGAUUGGGAGGCCUCUGCUCAUGAAAAGGAGGGGCGACUUCCUGGUGGACUCUGUAAUGGAUUGUUUGGGACAGAGGCUAUGACACUAGCCAUUGUGGACAUGGGCAGAGUGACGGGUAUCAGCAGAAUUGCAAUGGAGGCCAACGUCCCCAAGAAGCCCACAUAUCAUGACACUAUGAAGGUAUUUGGGAUGACGACCUCACUUACACCAAUGUUCGCCUUUGCAUCGAUGGCUACAAGAGGGCGCCAACAAUGA